AUGCUGGGAUGCCAGAGUGUACACCUGCUGCUUCGCUGGCUGACGCUGGCGUCAGGGUUUGUGGAGUGCCUGUUUUUUGCCGGAAUCUUUUUCGGCUGGGCCUCCCUGGUGUAUGUCCUGAAGAUGGAGGGCUACUUCAGCAACUUCUGCGUCAACUCCACUGCGGCCAACAGCAGCAUGUACACAGACUGCAGUGGACAGGACGAGCAGUUCUCCCUGAUCUUCACCGUCGGUUGUCUUGCAGCCAACUUCCUCACCCUUCCCAACGGAUUCAUACUCGACCGCUUUGGCACCAUGGCAGUGCGAAUCCUGGCAAUAUCUCUUUAUACCACUGGCACCUUGCUGAUGGCCUUUUCAAGAGCAGACCUCUCCAUCUUAGUCUACCCCGCUAUGUCAUGCAUUGCUGUGGGUGGGGUGUCACUCUUUAUCACUAACAUGCAGGCGGGGAACCUGUUUGCCUCUCGUCGCUCCACCAUCAUGAAUCUCUACAACGGAGCCUUCAGCUCCUCCGCCGUUGUCUGCUUCAUCAUGAAGGUGCUGUAUGAGAGAGGGGUCUCUCUGCGCUCCUCUUUCCUCUUCAUGUCCGCCUGCAGCAUCAUCCACCUCCUCCGAACUUUCCUCCUCAUGCCCAAGACUCACAUCCCCUACCCACUGCCUGAGGACUACACUUAUGGAUUGAGCAGCUGUGGCCAAUCCAAGAGACCAGAGCAGCAGGGGGCGGUGAGGACAGGCACCAAUGGGAAUGUGUUACGUGAGGAGCGGCUGGAGAGCGCCCCCUCUCAGUCUGAGGACUCACAGCAAUCUCCAGACCCGGCUGUGAAUGAAACCAGUUUUAGGAGCUGCGUCCUGUCCUGGUUCUUCGCAUGGCACCUGUUGUGGCUCUCUGUGAUGCAGCUGAGAAAUUACAUCUAUAUGGGCACUUUGAACCCCACGCUCAACCGCCUGACUGAGGGAGACCCCAUCCUGGUGAGUAGCUACACCAAUGCCUUUGCCUUCACCCAGAUGUGUGGAGUUUUCUGCACUCCCUGGAAUGGACUCAUUAUGGACCGUAAUAAAGGGAAGCCGCUGGCCCCAGGAGAGACAGAGAAGGAGGCAGACCUGCGUUCCUCCGCUCUCUCCCUCUUCCUCACCGCUCUCCUGUGCCUCCUCUUCAACAUCUGUGCUGCCAUUCCAGUCCUGCCUUUGCAGUACCUCACCUUUGUCCUGCAAGUUCUCAAUUGCUGCUUCCUGUACGGAGGCAACUACGCCUUCAUCGGCAUUGCGUUUCCCUCCUGCCAUUAUGGGAAGCUGUGUGCCUUGAUGCUUUUAAUGGCAUCUGUGGUGCUGCUGUUGCAGUUCCCCAUACUGUUCCUGGUCAAUGACGUCCUGCAGGGAAACCCCCUCUACGUGAAUAUCGCUCUGACUCUGCUGAGUCUGUUGGCCUUCAUCCACCCUCUCUACAUCUACCUCCACUGCCGAAGGCUGGCCGCACGCCACCGUGGUUGA